AUGCCAGCAAUGGAAAUGGAAAAUGUGGCGUGUGUUACUUCAUCAGAUGUGAUUGAAAAUCAAAUCCAAUCAUCAGUUGGCCCACAUAAUCUUGGUGCUAGCCCUCAUCAGUAUUCUUCAAAGGCUCAUGGUAUAGCUUCAGGAAUUGCCCCAACAGGCGUCCAUGAAUUACUCGAAUGCCCUGUUUGCACUAAUUCUAUGUACCCACCGAUUCAUCAGUGUCAUAACGGGCACACACUCUGUUCCACAUGCAAGACGAGGGUGCACAACCGUUGCCCCACUUGCAGACAAGAACUCGGCGACAUAAGAUGCUUAGCUCUCGAAAAAGUUGCCGAGUCACUCGAGCUUCCGUGCAAAUACCACACCUUGGGAUGCUCCGAGAUUUUCCCAUACUACACCAAACUCAAACACGAGUCCCUUUGCAAUUUCAGACCGUACAGCUGUCCGUAUGCCGGUUCCGAGUGUUCGGCAUCAGGUAACAUUCCUUAUUUGGUCAAACAUCUGAGGGACGACCACAAAGUGGACAUGCACUCGGGUUGUACGUUUAAUCACCGUUACGUGAAGUCGAACCCUCGUGAAGUAGAAAACGCGACAUGGAUGUUAACUGUAUUUUAUUGUUUCGGAGAAUAUUUUUGUCUCCACUUUGAGGCGUUUCAGAUAGGGAUGGCUCCGGUUUACAUGGCUUUUCUUCGAUUUAUGGGAGACGAGACUGAGGCGCGAAAGUACAGUUAUAGCCUUGAGGUUGGGGGCAAUGGGCGGAAGCUGAUGUGGGAAGGGACCCCACGAAGUAUUCGGGAUGGUCACCGUAAAGUGAGGGAUAGUCAUGAUGGUCUCAUUGUACAACGGAAUAUGGCUCUGUUUUUCUCUGGUGGGGAUAGAAAGGAGCUCAAGCUCAGGGUUACGGGUAGGAUUUGGAAGGAGCAGCACAAUUCUACCCAAUCAUUGUAG